AUGGUACGGUUUCUGAAAAGAGGCUGCAGCCUUGACCGGUUGGUGCGCGGCAGGGGGAUGUCCGAGAGCUCAGGGAGCAGAGAGGAGAGCCAAACCUUCGAGAGCGGGUCACUCGACGACGACAAGAUGCUUUUUAGGAGCCAGGGAUCGAGCGCGCCCGGCCAACCUCCGGAGCAAGCACCCAAGUCGCGGUUCAGCAAGGAUGCAGGUGUCAAGGAGCAACCUUCAGAUUUGGAGUUGAUGAAGGAGAGGUUUGCAAAGCUGCUUCUGGGGGAGGACAUGUCAGGUGGAGGAAUAGGGGUUUCCUCAGCCCUCGCUCUCUCCAAUGCCAUCACCAAUCUUGCAGCUUCUGUGUUUGGAGAACAAUGGCGUCUGGAGCCCAUGUCUGCAGAAAGGAAGGCGAGAUGGAGAAGAGAAAUAAACUGGCUUUUAUCAGUCACGGAUCAUAUUGUUCAGUUUGUUCCUUCCCAACAGAUAUCCAAAGAUGGAACCAGCAUGGAGAUUAUGGUAACUCAGCAACGCAAAGACCUUCUCAUGAAUAUCCCUGCCUUGCGGAAGCUCGAUGCAAUGCUCAUCGAAUACCUAGACAACUUCAAAGACCAAAAUGAGUUCUGGUAUGUGUCCAGAGAUGCUGAUGAGUCCGAGAAGGGGAAUGCUCGGAGGACAGAUGAUAAGUGGUGGCUUCCGACCGUCAGAGUCCCUCCCGAUGGCUUGUCUGACGUAUCAAGGAAAUGGCUUCAGUAUCAAAAGGAGCUUGUGAACCAAGUGCUCAAAGCAGCAAUGGCUAUAAACGCUAAUGUUCUUAUGGAGAUGGAGAUUCCAGAAUCCUACAUUGAAUCCCUCCCUAAGAAUGGAAGGGCAAGUCUCGGAGACUCACUUUAUCGGAAUAUAACCGACGAUGAUUUCGACCCUGAAGAGUUCCUCUCAUCUGUAGACUUAUCAACAGAGCACAAAAUCCUAGACCUCAAAAACCGAAUUGAAGCAUCUGUUAUCAUUUGGAAGAGGAAGAUGCACAACAAAGAUGGCAAAUCUGCAUGGGGUUCAGCAGUCAGCAUGGAGAAGAGAGAGCAAUUUGAAGAGAGAGCAGAAACCAUCUUGCUCAUACUCAAGCACAGAUUCCCUGGGAUUCCUCAAUCAGACCUGGACAUCAACAAGAUUCAGUACAACAAGGAUGUAGGGCAUUCCAUACUGGAAAGCUACUCAAGGGUUAUAGAAAGCUUAGCUUUCACCGUGAUGUCUCGUAUUGAAGAUGUUCUCUAUGCUGAUUCUGUAUCCCAAGAUGCAACAGGUGGCAGCUCAAGGAGGAGACCUUCACUGACAGAUUCAGAGCCAAUUAAGCCCCUUGAUCCCAAGGAAGAGAUCGAGAAGCUUAACAAAAUAGAAGCAAACAAUUUGAUGACACUACAAGAUUUCAUGGGUUGGCAAAUGGAUCAGAAUACCGAGACGAAGAAGGAGAAGGGCACCUCGGAGGAUGAAGGAAAGUGGAUGAGAAAGCUCCCUAACCUUGUGACCAACAAGAAAUUUUUAGAGAAAAUAGAGAACUUGGGAGGCCUGAGAAGUCCAACAGCUCGCCACUAA